UGGAUGCCUUCACGGAAUAAGCACUUCACGGCAAACGGCUGUGCAGAAAGUCAUAAUCAUACACUCAAUCUCUGAGUAUAUUUGAGACUAACUAUGAACCUUGAAACCAAUGAUAAUAGAAAGUCAAGUGGUGAUGAUGAUGACCGUUCUACCUCUCUCCAUCUUUCUUUCCUCCUACCCUCAUUCCUUGUUCUUUCCUUGCUCAUAGGGGCUGGUGGGGGAGAAGUAUGGCAGUAUCCGCGUUCCAGGGGAAGUGGAAGCUCCAGAGUUUGAGAGGAUCCUGGAUGCGGCGGUGGAGGCGGGGCUAGACACACACAUCCUGGAGGAGUGGUACUGCCGAGACGAGAAUGCCGUGCCACCAGCCUACUACCUCAAACCCAAAGCCCAGAUGUUGAAGAACUACCAGAACUCAAUGGAGUCGAGUAAUGCAGCCAAGAUGAAGAACGACAAGGCGUGGAGGAACGUGUCUGAGGAGAUCAAGAGGAUCUUCCGUAGGUCUGUCCUCCAGCUCCAGGAGAAGGGUACCAUGAAGCCCCCCCAAGCCAAGAAAUUCCUCUGCUCUGCCUUGGAGGAUGAACUGGACUUCGCCUUGGGUAAACAAACGCCAGCCUUCCUCAAGAAGUGUGUCUGCUACAUCCGCAAGAUCUCCAACUUCGACCGACAUGCCAAGCUCCCGGAGAUGGCCAAGUACAUGGACAUCGUCGUCGCUGAGGACCGCGUCAUGCGUAACCAGGAAGCCUACGAACGUCUCUUAAAAGUGCGGGAUGAGUUUAUCCCAACAGUGGUGGCCUCGUCAAACCUCCGCGUCUACUCCUCUGUGACGCACUGCGACAUGAAGCUAGGCUACUCCCAAGAGGUGGAGAGCCACUACGUUGAAGGCUUGUGUAAACAGUUCUAUGAGGAUAUGGUGGACAUCAUCCAGGCCACGGUCCAGCAGAACUUUGACACAGAGACGGACCCCCUGUACGAUGAGAUCCUCCAGCACCUGUCCCUGUGUAAGAACUUCUCUUCGUUCUACGAUUAUAAGAGCGAGACACUGGACCUGGUGCAGGAGUAUCUGCUACCGUCUAAGGAGAGUAGGAUGAGCCCUCUGGUUGUUUACGGCGGGCCAUGCACGGGGAAGACACUGCUGCUAGCAGAGGUGGCCAAACAGGCCUACACGUGGCUCCAGACGGAGAUGGGUCCUGAGACAGACCCGGUUGUCAUUGUUCGCUUUGUGGGCUCCUCCGAGUUCGCGACAAACCUGCGCACCCUCCUCCAGAGCAUCUGCGAGCAGAUAGCCAUCAACUACCGUUGCCUGAUCCACUUCUUGCCCAACAAGAUCCAGGAGAUGAGGGAGCUGCUGGUCAACCUGCUGGGGGAGCCCUCUUUCCAUCGGCCCCUGGUCAUCAUCUUGGAUGCCCUGGAGCAGCUCUCGGAAGCCGACGAGGCCCGCAAGCUGUGGUGGCUCCCCGCCCACCUGCCUCGCACUGUCCGCAUCGUGGUCUCCACUUUACCCAAAAAACACGGAAUCCUCCAGAAGCUCCGCUGUUUGAUUCAUGAUGAAGGGCGCUACGUAGAGCUGGUGCAGCGGGACCGUAAGGCCUGUAGUCAGAUACUGAAGCAGCAGCUGCUGGGGUUGAAGAGAAAGGUGACUUCGGGACAGCAGAUCUACGUCAAUGAAGCGCUGGCCAAGUGUACGCUUCCCAUGUUUGUCAACCUCAUUUACCAGGAGGUGGUGCAUUGGCGCUCGCACAAGGAUGUGGAUGACAAGUCACUGUGCUCCACCGUGCACGAGAGCAUCGAGCAGCUCUUCUACUCUGUGGAGAACAGACUGGGUCAGCGGUUCGUAUUCAGGUCACUGGGAUACAUCACCAUGGCCAAUGUGGGGUUAACGGAGGUAGAGCUGGAAGAUAUUCUGUCAUUGGAUAACAGUGUGUUGGGAGAUAUCAUGGUGAGUUCAAAUCUAAAAAACCCACUGAGGAUCUCUUAUGACCUGGUGGCAAGGCUGAAAGAGGAACUGGAGGGGUACCUUCUGGAAAGGCAGGUGCAUAAUGUUACCCUGAUGAUGUGGGCCAACAGACACCUGCAACUCAUCGCCCAGAAGUUGUAUCUUAGCAACGAGGAGGAUGUGCACCAGAUGCACAGCCUCCUAGCCGAAUACUUCCUGGGGGCAUGGUCGGGAGGCAGGAAAAAGAUCUUCCACUGUGACAACAACCACUUUGCCUCGCUUAACAUCUCCCAACACAAGAAUCCACACUCCCAGCAGCCGUCCCACAAAGAAGCAUCCGCCGAGAAGUACUCCUAUGACAGGCAGACCCCUGAGCAGCCCUGGGUGUUCCAGUGCAAUCUUCUGGAGCCUGAUAUCUUCUUUGUCAACCACAGGAAGAUGACGGAGCUCCUCUACCAUCUAACUAGGAGCGGCCGCAUGGACGACCUCAUGUACGGGGUUAUCAUGAACUUCAGCUGGCUCUACACCAUGAUCAAGAUAGGGCAGUUUGAGAAGGCACUGACCGACAUAGAUGUAGCCUACAACUACUCCCAGGAGAAAGAACUCAAGUUUUUGGCCACCACGCUGCGCAGCAUCAAGAUCAAAGUCAUGAAGAACCCGGCAUCCCUGUCCGCAGAGCUGCAGCAGAGGCUCCUCCCUGUGGUCACCUCUUUACCCAAGCUCCAACACCUCCUCCUGGAAUGCGACAAGGACGGCCCCAAAUACUGCUCCAUUGUGCCCCUCCACUCCUCCAUGGAUGUCACCUACAGCCCUGAAAGGCUGCCGCUGUGCUCCAGCUACAUGCAGAUCGUGGAGAUCCUGCCCACCCUAGCCCCCAACAUCGUACUUGUGGCCCUGGAGGAUGGGUCUGUGAGCACAUGGGAUGUGGAGAGCAGGCAGCUACUCCGGCAGAUAGACACAGCCCAUUCGGUUGUCCUGGGAAUCAGACUAACCAGCGACGAGAAGUACCUGGUUGUGGCAACCACCAAGAACACGCUACUCAUAUAUGACAACCAUAAGUCUUGCUUGCUGUCCGAAGUGGACAUCAAGAACUCCAAGCACUGUGGUAUCACAGGAGGGGUGGCCUUCAUCAAUGGGUUCACCCUGUCCAGCCAUCAUGCCUUGGCCUGGCUAGAGGCCAGUAAAGAUGUCAAUGUCAUCGAUCUGCUCUACGGCUGGCCCCUCUACCUGUUCCACUGCUGGUAUGAGAUCACCUGCGUCCAAUGCUCCCCGGAUGGAAUGUACGCCUUCUGUGGUCAGUACCUCAACACCACGUCCAUCUUCCACCUGGGGACUGGGGACAAGCUAGCUACGGUCACGUCGGAGUUCUCCGGGGGAUUUGUCAAGUCCAUCUUGGUCCUGGACACCAUUCACCAGAUGGUGAUGAUCGAUAAUGAGGGGAGCCUGUCGGUGUGGAACACCAAAGAGAUCACCAACCCCAGACUGAUGGAAGAUUAUGACUGCCGGGGGGAUGAGAACGAGGUCGUAGGCAUUGAGCUGUCAGAAGACCAGCGCUCCAUCCUCAUCUGUAAAGACAAGAGCAUUGAGGUCCUGGACACCAAGUUGUGGAAGAUGGCAGAGAAGUUCAAGGCCAAGCAUGCUGAGCGAUUCGUGGCUGCAGUCCUCUCAAAAAAUGGCCAAAGUAUUGUGGCCUCCAUGGAGAACACGUCAUCCAUAUUUGUGUGGAGGAGAGACAGUGGGCAGUGCAUGGCCAGCCUGAUUGAGAUCUCUGGGGCCAUCGUCAAACUCAUCAAGUCCAUCCACCACAACCUGCUCCUGUCUGUGGCCAGCAGUGGAGUGCUAUCAGUCUGGGACAUUGACAUCAUUACAGCCAUGUCCAACAUUGACAAAACAGGCAAGAAGAUCCAGAGCUUACAGCUUUCUGGCAGGGAGGACUUUGUGUUUACCAUGGAUGGCUCUGAAGCCAUCCACAAGUGGAACUUCAGCACAGGCUUCAUAGAGACUGUCUUCAAGCAUGAGGGCUUGGUGGAAAACUGUGUCCUGACAUCCUCUGGGGAUCUCAUGGUGACGUCGGAUGACAAGUGCAGCCAGUACAUCUGGCACACGGCCACUGGCGAAAACAUCUUUCGCAUCAACGGACAGAAGAUAUCUCAGCUCCUGAUGACCCACAAUGACCAGUUUGUGGUUUCCCUCUGCGAACAGAACUGCUCCCGAGUCUGGAGGCUGGCCACUGGACACAAGGUGUGCAACAUCCUGGUGACCCUACAGAAUGCACUGAUCACCACCGCAAACACCUUCCUAGUGGGGAUCACAAAAAACAAGCUGCUCGCUGUUAGCCUCUGGUCAGGCAGUAUUUCCAAGAAGUUUGUCUGUGACGAUGGCAUUAGCAUUAUCAACUUCAAACUCAUUCCUGACUGCCCAGACUUUGUUGUCUUCAUCACAUCUACAGAGACUGUGUUUAUAUGGAGUGUGGCAGAUGAGUCUGUCUGCAGACGGGUCCAGCUGCCUACUAACUUCCUAAAAAAUCUGGAGGAGUUCCAAAUUUCACCAAAUGGGAAACUGGGCAUCAUCUCCAAAGGUGACGAGAACAUUAACGUGUUGGAUCUUCAUAGCGGGAAGCUGAGACUUGUCCACGCCGCCGGUAUCAUCUGGCGGCAGAAGCUGUCGAGGGACGGGCGCUACCUGGUCUAUGUCUGCUUCCGGAACAGUGAUGAGGAUGACGAGGUGGGCGUGGUGUCCAACCUGAUCGUGAUGCGUCUGGCAGAUGGAAAGAGCAUCGGGACAUGCUCCCUUUACAAGACGCCCACCUUCCUCUGCCUGUCCCAGCGAGCACUCAACAUCAUCAUUGGCUUCGAGGAUGGCAGCAUUGGCACCUAUACGGUGGUGGACAGGGUGGAUGCCGCGCUCAAGAUCAAGAUUGCCACAUCCAACAGUCGUCAGAUCGUCAACAAUGCCUCACAAAAGAUAAGGCCCAAGUGUGGCAACCACGCCUUCAAGACCAUUGCAGACUGCUUGUGGAGGGAGUCCACCGAGGUCUUCUCCAGGGAUAGCCCCAUCAACGUGUCUGACUCUGGGGAGGCUGAGACCACCAUCCCCACCAAAAAGAGCGAACUGUUGCAGUGAAAGUGGGAGAGAGGAGCAAUGGGCGAAGAUGCUAGGUAGGUGAGAUUGAGGUGGAUGUAUGAGGUUUCUCGGGGGGAUGCAGUUUACUCUUGUUUACAGCCACCUAAAUUAGCUGCAGAUGUCAGUCUUCUGGGUACGAACUGACUGCUACUAUAAUGCUGCACUCAAGUCAUGUAUGACAACCUUUAUGGUAUCGUUUUAGUUUUUUUCUUCACCUGAUGAAGUUGUUUUUAUGGUUUGAAAACUAGAAUAAAUAUAUAGAAAAUAUAUAUUUAAUAUAUUUAAUCUAUUGUUUUGCCAUUGUGUCCUUUUGCAUUUGAAGAACAAAGUUGAUAUUUACAUUUCUCUGUUUUACAUAUCCAAAGCCAUUCCAGUGAGCUUGAAUACUCUUCCUUAUACAUGCUUUUCUUUAGAAAUAUUAAUGUUUGUUCUCUUGGCUGCUGCUGCAUUUUGUGCAACUCCUUAAAAAAUAUAUGUUUUUCUUAAUGCAAUCAAAGUGAGUACCUGGAUUUUAAAAUGUAUUUCAUUUUCAUGCAGACUACUGAGAAUUACGAAGAUGCAGGGAAUUUGUAAACACAGUAUAUGCAGAGAUACAUAUACUAGCAUACAUAAUAAAUUUUAUUGAUUUGAAAUGAUCAAAGAAGAACAAUUAUUGAGAGUUAGGGUACUUUAGUGGCAGUGUUGAAUUUGAGGAGGAGAUUUAUAAACAGGUAUAAACAUCUAUUAACAGCUGGUCUAAGUCUUCUGGUUCAUGAAUGAUUUGUUUUUAAGCGGACACCGCUAUUGAGCAUAAUGUUGCAUCUUGCUAUAUGCAUCCAUGCCUUACAAAGUCUUCUAUUUUACAGCUGAGAGAGAGAGAGAGAGAGAGAGAGAGAGAGAGAGAGAGAGAGAGAGAGAGAGAGAGAGAUGAAAUUAAAAGAUAUCAUCAGUCAAGGAUGACUCAUCAGCACCCUAACGUUUUUGUUUUCCAUAAAACCUUUUAAGGGCUAUUCUGUCAAAUUGUAUGUUCACUUUUUUUCAGCAGUUGAGACGCUGGCCCAAAGGUAAAUUAAAGUAGCAGUAUUAAGUAUUUUAAGCAGUAUUAAGCUUUAGCAUAUUUCAUUGCUCUCAAAGCAAACAUUCUAUUUGCCAAAGUUCCGAUACUAGUUUGAUGUUUUGUUCUGUUGGCAAUGGUCCAUUUUGUAAGGCUUGUAUAACUUACAUCAUGACCGAAUUGUUUGAGUGCUUUACUGUGAUUAAGUUGAAGAAAUGUAUUAUCUUUGCUAAUGAAGACGUUUAAGUCCACUUAUAAUAUAUUGCCAGUUUAAGAGUAUAUUUGAAUGUGUCCAUAUGGAAGCCAGUAUAUGCUAUUAUUGUAUGUCAUGUAACUUGAAUUACUUUUAAAAACGUACAUGUUGGCGACACAAUUGACAUACUGGUAAUGAAUGUUUCUAGGGUAUUCUUUUUAUGGUCAGGACUGACUUACCUGUUUAGAGAUAUUUAUAUUUUCAUAAAUGUUGUACUUGCAUUUUGUUACAGAGUUGUUUAACUGGAGUUAUUCUAACAGAAAAAUAUAAACGUAUAUCUGAAGCAAUAUGAAAUAGUGUGUAUGCAUUGUUUGUACGGAACAUUUUAAUGUAAUAAAAUGGUUAACUUUUCGCCUCCA